CCUGGCCGGAGGCGGUGCUUCCCCGCCGGGCCCCGCCGCGCGGCUCCCGCCUCUCGCCUCCCGCCGCAAUGUCCCGCCGCGGGCAGGAGCCCGGCAGUGGAGCCGAGUCCCUCUCUUCAGAUGAAAAAGAGAUGGUGGCUGGUGGUGUGGAGGGAGAGAGCUCCACCGAGGAACACCCAGCAGGAGAGGACAGUUCUGAACACAGCUCUAGCAGUACCUCAGAAGAGGAGUCAGAUGCGGAGGAGUCAGAUGGAAGAAGGUCGGAUGAAGAACAGGAGGAGAAGGAAUUGCUACCGUGCUGCGACUCAGGUCGUAACGGAUCUCUUGAGGGAGCGAACUGUCUGCCAUCCUGUGAGCAUUGCAGAAAUGAAAAUGGCCAGAAGGAGCAAGUGACCCCUAGGAGACUUGCUGGAGGACAAUAUAUAAUGCAUCUGGACACAGAGGGGACUUACCAGUGCAGCCUCACAGGCUUGAUUUUUGAGGUAACAAAGGCCGUCAGAAUCACAUACUCCCUCUUAUCCUGGAGCAAAUACGCCAACCUCGUGGAAAAGCCAUGGAUUGUGGGUGGCCCGCUCUUCGACGUGCGCUGUGACUCGGCCCCUGCUCUUACCUCCAUCCAGUUUCCCCACUCCCUCUGCCUUGGUGAUCAUGGCGCUGGCAUGGCCUUCAAGGUUUUGCACAUCAAAGGUGAGGGCGCAGCCAUCGAGCCCUCAGCCGACUACUCUGCUUCGCAUGUGAAGUGGCUGGUGAGCUCUCUCUCGCCUGUGGGACCGCUCAUUCAGAGCCAGGAGCCGGUGCAGUACCACGGUGCUGUCAUCCUCUACAAAGUUGUUGACGAGCAUCCCUCCUUAUCCUUUCGUGUGUAUGUGGCUACAAACAACGACUCCUUUAUAAAGGAUAUCUCAAGAGCCAUAAAACAUUCAAAUAAGAAAUUCAUUAAAAUUGACAAGCCCCCUGUAUGCCAAAAAUUACUACAGAAGGGAAAGAGGUAUAGAUUAGUUUGUGAGCCAGAAGCUGAAAUAACUCCAGAGGAAAUUGAAUUUGUUGAUGGAUCUCUCUUGAAACUAAAAAGUUACAUUGAAGUCUAUUUGGAGAAACCUGAUGACUUCACCUUGUCUUUGGUUGAGCUGGAGUCUGAUGCGACCGUGUGGAAAGCAAAACUCAGAGAGAGUGACUGGAUACAUUAUGAUCAGAACAAAAAUGAGCAGAAAAGAAGUGCAGUCAGUGUCAAAAAACGGAAACCAGCCCUCAGCAUUUUGGAAGAAGAUGGGCUCUGUAGCAAAAAGCAGAGGACCAGCAAUAAAGCAGAUGGAAUUGAAACAAAAAACUUAACUGAUCAACAGCUGAUGGUGAUUGCAAAAUUGUUUGGUAGGCAGUGGAGAGAAAUUGCCAUUGAGUGUCUUCAAAUGGAAAUGAAAGACAUCGAGCAGAUUCAGGCAACAGAGGAAGAAGUUAAUAUGCAAAAAUUUCUGCUGUUAAGUAAGUGGAGAGACAGAGAACAAGGCAAUGGAACUGCUGAAGCUUUGUACAAAAGCCUCCAUGAAAAAGCGUCCUAUGAGAUACUUCAAGCACUACAAGGUUUCUCGGCUCAGUGCUGAGCUGGUGAAGCUGCGGCUAGGAGUAGUGCAGUGGGAGCUUCCCCAGCCAACCAUUAUACUUCUACGGCCACUUCCCCGGCAUCUUGCUUGGAUUUGGGAAGGAAUAUGCGAGGCAUCACUACUGAGUGGCAAGUUUAGGCAGGAUAUUCGCAAGAAAUGUGAAUGAAUUUUUGCGCGGAUAUAAGGACACCUAAGAUUACUCAUGAGGUGGAUCCCAGCACUGCGGCCAGUAGUGCUGGGCUUCACGUAUGGGGAAACCCAACACUGCCACCCUGCUUUGUUUCAUUUGAGCCAGUCCUAAAAGACAUGAACGCUGGAAGAAACCAGCUUACCUUGUUCAGGUAUAUGGUUAUUAUCUGGAAACGUUUUUAUUUAAAUCAGGGAAAGACAGGGAGAAAAGUUAUGCAGAAACUUUUGUCCCCUUAAAAAAUAUUGAACUGCCAAAAUCAUGUGGUAUAUUGUAUUUCUUACAGAUGCCCAAGAUCAGGGAAGAAUAAUCCUAAACUUGCAGAUAAAUUCCUUUACAUAAUCACUGUAUAUAUACAUAAUUACUGUAUAUACUCGUGUACAUUCAAUCCUUGUUAAGCUGUGGUUCUGUUUUCCAGCAACCCCAAGUCUGGUUUCAUGGGAGCACCACUAUUAACUCUAGGCAGCUUCGAAUUUUCUCUGGGAAUUUCCUCUUCACUCUUUUCUGUAUAGUCUGUCUCAAUUUUUAUGAGAUAAUUUUUUAUGUUGUAUAAUUUUUUUUUGUAUUAUAAACUUUUUAUUUUUUUUUUACUUGAUUAAUUUUAACUUGAAUAGAAUUAGGUGCUUAAACUAAACUGGGAGAAGCCAAAAUGUCUGUGAAGGCUGUUACUCUGUCAGCAAUGCACAUACCGCAGAAUUGGAAAAGAUUUGGAAUGAAUCUUAUUUGCAGAAGUGAGCGGCAACCUGAUGCAGGAGAUUGUCGUGAUUUUAAAGACAUGGAUUCUUUUGAUCCUCUUCCUCUGCGUAUGUUUGUGAAAGAAAAGGCAUACUUUUAAAAAAUAAGGAUUAAAAAGGAGACAUUUACACUA